AUGUUUGGUUUUUAUGUAUAUAUUACAUCAAGUAUGGAUGUUAAUACUUUUAGUCAUCCAAUGGUUUAUCUAACUUUGACAAGUAUUUACAAUUCUCAAUUACUUAUUGACAUUCACAGUUUCUUCCUAAUUUUGGUUAUUUGUAUAGCAAUUGCUGAUUAUUAUUUAAUUAAUCGAAAUAAAAAAAUAAAGUCGAAUUUUUCAAUAACAACCUACAGCCUCAGUCAAAGUUAUCAAACAAAACAAAAUAUUCUCGUUAUGAAGAUUAUCUUUCCUCUCGAUUUUUCUUAUACUGUUGUUUAUGCAUUGUUUAAUAUUUUAUCGACAUUUAUCCGUUCGAAACGCUCAGAAUAUGGUCAGCUUGUUUAUGUACGUACUUAUGACGGCAUUAUUUUGGUAAACAAAAAUUUAUUAUUCGAAAACUUAAAGUUUUUUAAGACAGUGAUAAAUAUUUUUAAUCAAUGA